AUGGCUGAAAGUCCAGCAUCUAUUGAACCACGUUCUUCACCUGGUGAUGGUGGUUCAGCAAAGAAAGGUAAAGGUAAAAGUAAAGGUAAAGGUAAAGAAUCACCAAAAGCUAAACGAAGUCCUAAGGGGUCAGCCAAAGGAAAGCCAAAAUCUCCUGGUAAAUCCCUUUCUCUUAUUUCAGCUAAAAAAGAUGAAGAGCCUGAUCUAUCUAUGGCAAGCAUGGGCCACCCAGAAAUCUUUCCCUUGGUCCUCACUGAAAAAACACAGGAAAUAUUUAAUUGCUGUGCUGAUGUAGAUGUAACAGCUGAAAAUCCUUACAAGCUCAUUAAAAAGGAAGAUAUUAUUAAUGAUAUGAAGACAAGAGCUGCAGUUUCCGACUUCCACCCUAUCAAAAAAAUUAUAUUAGAUUAUCCUGGCGAAGAACUCCUGAUAGUAUUUGACAAAGAAUUAAAAUAUGGACAAAUCUUUUAUCUUAUUGCAAGUGAAGAAGCCAAGGAAACCAUUUUAAAUCCACCAGAGCCAGAAGAAGAGGAAGGAGAAGUUAAAGAAGGAGUCCCUGAAGAAAUUUAUAAACCUCCUGUGCGCAAACCUUGGGUUUCACUUGGAAGUGAAAAGGAAAUUGAAGAAGAAUCAGUUAAGGAAUCAACAAGGAAGAUUAAAUAUAUGAUUUCUCAGCCACACAAAGAAUUUGGGGUUCGGGUUAAGUUCCAUAACCGAAAUGCGACAAUUGACAAACACGCUUAUGUGGAGUGUAUGCCCUAUCAAGACAAGAACUUCACCCUCCGGCAGCUAGAGAAACAUAUUGGCACUCAAGUAGUUCCAGAAGAAGAAGAUACAGGAACUCAGACAAAAUGGACCUAUCCCAAAAAUGCAACGACACAGUACUACCCUAGAGAAUUUUCAGAAAACGAAAAGGAGGUGUACUUGUCAUCGGAAGAUCUGAAAAACUUUAUUGUAUCUGUGGCUUUACGAGUUGAAGUGGCCCUGCAACAAAAUGAAAUCAUGAAUGUUUUUUUUGAUGAUUGGAAAGCUCUUGCAGAAGAUGAAAGUGGCUUUGCAGGUAAAUCUGAUGUUACCCUGAAGGAAUAUCAGUCGUUUACAGAUCUGCAUUAUCUCAAGGACAGAACCAUUAGCUGCGUCUGCUGGCACCCGACUAUUUAUGGGAUAAUUGCCAUAGCAGUGACGGAGCGACUCACUUACGAGGAACGAGUGGCACAGUCUGGGAAACUGCUCCUGUGGAAAGCACCAGUUCUGUUCUGGAGUUUUGCUGACCCAAUUCAUCCUCAGCUAAUGCUGGAGUGCCCUGAAGAUAUUUAUUGCUUUGAGUUUUCUCCAAGUAAUCCCAACAUCAUUGCUGGAGGCUGUCUGAACGGACAGGUUGUGUUGUGGGACAUUUCAGAAUAUGAGGAAAGUUUAAAAACCGCAAAGUCAGGUAGCACUGUGGGCAAGGGCACGUCAGUUAAUAUGCCCAGUUUCAUGCUGGAACAACAAACUGGGAAGGAGCCACACUUAGUGAGGUACUGCGCAGUCUCAUCUAUAGAAUACGGCCAUAAAUCUGUAAUAACCGAUAUACACUGGCUGCCAAGUUUUUUUGAGAUCAACAGAAUGGGUACUGUUUUUGAAAACAGAGCUGGAGUUUGUGUGCAGCUUAUGACCUGUUCACCAGACUGCACAAUAUAUGUUUGGGAUCUCCGAGCUUAUAGGCCUGCUUUACAAACUUCAACGGAAAAGAAAAAGGAAGAUAGCAUCAUUAAGGUUCCACCUGAUGUGCCUACCACCUUCAAACACCUAGACCUUGUCUGGAGGCCUCACAUUAAGAUCAGUCUGCCCAAGGCAGAUACAAGUGCUGAAUACAGUCCAACAAAACUGAGCUUCAGAGAAGAGCACUAUCACACCAAAAUUCAAGACAAAACAUCACUCCAAAACAAGCCAACGGUAUUCACAGAAAAACUACCAUAUGCAGAGAUACAAAGCACAUCAGCGAAACCUCUUAAGCUGCUGGAAAAUAUAAACACCAGCUUUUUUGUUGGAACUGAAGAUGGUGAAGUUCUUUAUUCAGACUGGAAGAUGGAAAAAGACGGUGACUCAGGAAGACUGCUUAGUCAGAAACCAACUAAUAUACACAACAUCCAUGAUGGGCUUGUUCACACUGUGCAAAGAUCUCCAUUUUUCAAAGAUAUAAUUCUUACAAUUGGAGGCUGGAAUUUUGCAAUAUGGAAAGAAGGUGUUACGUGUGGACCACUCCUUAAAUCAAGCUGUACAGCUAAGCGGUAUACUGUUGGACAUUGGUCCUUAUCAAGACCAGGUGUUUUCUUUAUUGGAAGAGAAGAUGGAAAUAUUGACAUUUGGGACCUAUUGGAGAAAACACAUGAAGCAUCUCAGACCCAAAAUGUCUGUAUUGCACUCAUUACUAGUAUCAAGCCCUGGAUCUAUUCUUCAAAGCAACACUUCCUAGCAGUUGCUGAUGAUUUUGGCACUCUGCAUAUUUUAGAAAUUUCAUGGACAUUAAUUCACCCUUCCAGCAAUGAGCGUUCCAGUGUUCUUCAUUACUUUGAGCGAGAAGUCAAACACUUGGAAUAUUUUGAGAAGCGGCAGGAAUUCAGAGAUCAAGAAAGGGUGGUGCUUGAACAGGAAAAGCUGAUGAAGAGAAUGAAAGUGCCUGGUGGUCAGCGAUCAAGAGAGCUAAUGGAAGAACAGACCAGUCAAAAUUAUGUAGAAUUUUUGGAGUUGGAGAAAAACAUAUUGCUUCGACUUGGAUUACUCAAGGGACCAGAUAAAUUUAGCCCCUCCAGAAAUGUCUAGUUUUGUGACUGACUACUUAACAAUAAUGAGCAACUUCAGAAUAGCUGUGACUCCAAACAUAUAUAAUUUACAAUGCUGCAAGUCCUACCACCAAACAGACACCCAGCUAUUUUUAUUUCACUGCUCCUUGUGCCUUUGUCCGUGGGAAUAACCAAAGACAGCAGUUAAAAAUGCAUGUGCUGUUCUUCCCUGUCCCUACAUUAUGUAUAAUAAAUGUAUACUUAAGCAACAUAUGUUAAUUCACUGUGAUGUCAUAAUGCAGAUUUUAUAAACAUCUAUUUCUUUGUAAAGUAUGGCAUUGUGGAAGUUGUCGU